GCGCGCGCUCGCUUGCCUGCUUCCUGCCGCCGCCUCCGGGGCCAUGGCGACCUGCCUGCGGCUGCGGAGCUGCCGGGCCCCGCGCCUCCCGCCCGCGCUCGCGGGCCGCGGCCUGCGCCCCGGCUGCCCCGCGCAGCCCCGCCGCUCUGCCGGGGGCCCGGCCGGCCUGUCCGCGGCGCUGCUGCGCUCCGAGAGCUUCGUGGGCGGCCGCUGGCUCCCGGCCGCCGCCGCCUUCCCCGUGCACGACCCGGCCAGCGGCGCCCAGCUGGGCUUGGUGGCCGACUGCGGGGUGCCCGAGACCCGCGCCGCGGUGCGCGCCGCCUACGAGGCUUUCUGCAGCUGGAGGGGCGUCUCGGCCAAGGAGAGGAGUUCAUUACUUCGGAAAUGGUACGACUUAAUGAUGCAAAACAAGGAUGACCUUGCCAAGAUCAUUACAGCUGAAAGUGGGAAGCCGCUGAAGGAGGCGCAGGGGGAAGUUGCCUAUUCCGCCCUUUUCCUAGAGUGGUUUUCAGAGGAGGCCCGCCGCGUCUACGGAGAUGUCAUCUACACCCCCGCCAAGGAGAAGCGGGCGCUGGUCCUGAAGCAGCCCCUCGGGGUGGCCGCGGUCAUCACGCCGUGGAAUUUCCCCAGCGCCAUGAUCACCAGGAAGGUGGGGGCCGCCCUGGCCGCCGGCUGCACCGUGGUGGUGAAACCCGCCGAGCACACGCCCUUCUCCGCCCUGGCCCUGGCCGAGCUCGCGGACCAGGCUGCAAUUCCUCCCGGCGUGUACAACGUCAUUCCCUGCUCCAGAGCGAAGGCCAAGGAAGUAGGAGAAGCACUUUGUACUGACCCUCUGGUGUCCAAAAUCUCCUUUACUGGCUCAACAGCUACCGGAAAGAUACUGCUGCACCACGCAGCUGGCUCUGUGAAGAGGGUCUCCAUGGAGCUGGGCGGCCACGCCCCGUUCAUCGUCUUCGACAGUGCCAACGUGGACCAGGCUGUCGCGGGAGCCAUGGCAUCCAAAUUUAGGAACUCUGGACAGACUUGCGUUUGCUCAAACCGUUUCUUGGUGCAAAGGGGUAUCCACGAUUCCUUUGUGAAGAAAUUUGCCGAGGCAAUUAAAACGAACCUGCGUGUGGGUAAUGGAUUUGAGGAGAGAACUACUCAAGGCCCAUUAAUUGAUGAAAAGGCGGUAGAAAAGGUAGAGAAACACGUGAAUGACGCAGUGUCCAAAGGCGCCACUGUUGUGACAGGCGGGAAGCGACACCAACUUGGAAAAAACUUCUUUGAGCCCACACUGCUCAGCAACGUCACCAGGGACAUGCUCUGCUCUCACGAAGAGACGUUUGGGCCUCUGGCACCAGUUAUCAAGUUCGACACAGAGGAGGAGGCUGUGGCGAUCGCUAAUGCAGCUGACGUCGGGCUGGCAGGUUAUUUUUACUCUCAAGACCCAGCCCAGAUCUGGAGAGUGGCGGAGCGGCUGGAAGUGGGCAUGGUGGGCGUGAACGAGGGACUGAUCUCCUCUGUGGAGUGUCCUUUCGGCGGGGUGAAGCAGUCUGGCCUCGGGAGAGAGGGGUCCAAGUACGGCAUCGACGAGUACCUAGAGCUCAAAUACGUGUGCUUCGGGGGCUUGUAGGACUCGUCAGUGCUUUAAAAAAUAAAGAAAGGAAGCUGACGUGCACAUACGGGGACAUGCCAUCCAUUAUUCUAGGUGAACUUCUAGGUUAGUGGAAUUAGGGAUUUUUCAAACUCCUCCAAUACUCAUGAUCUUAAGCACAGGUGAGCCCCACCCCUCCCCUUACCUAACGAGGGACCAGCAGAUGCCACACGUCUGGGACGCAGACUCCCCAAGAACCAGCAGUGCGUGUACAGAGCGAAGCCCUGGGACUCCACCAAGAGCUGGGUGUCCCGUCCCAGAGGCUCAUCACUGCCUGGGCCGUGACCCCGCCAUCUCCCCUGUGGCUCUGAGCUCACACCAGAGAGGGCUGCCCAGAGGACCCCUGAGCAUGAGGACAGGCCGGGCAGAGGUGGGCCCACCGUCCCUGUCAAUCUCCUGGCUCAGCUCUACACACCCGUGCCGUGUAUUCCUAAAUGUUGCCACAGAGACUGAAUUGAUCAUUUUUAAGACUUCGAAGUAGCACAGAAUCUCCUGUGUUUCUGUGAGGAAAGAAAGAACACGCCUCUCUUUUUCUGGACCUUUUUUCUUAAGCUUAUUUUUCAGUAAUCUCUACACCCAGCAUGGGGCUCAAACUCACGACCCCAAGAUCAAGAGUCACGUGCUCCACUGACUGAGCCGGCCAGGCGCCCCGGGACCGUUUCAGUUAAAGCUUCAUCAUCCUAAAUUUACUACUUAAAGAUCAUGCUCUCAUCUCCAUCCUGCUUUCCAUUCCAUUUUGUCUCCUUGAGGAAGUCAGCCUAGGCAGAAAGCAGAGAGCAGCAGAGGCAGCUGGGAGAAGGGAAGGCACAAAGGCGUGGCCCGGCAGCCCUUGGGGGGUGGGGGGGAGCUUAGUUCCCGUAGAUGCGCCAUUCGGCAGUCCGUCCCUCAUGCAGAGGAGAGAUGGUGUAUGUGGCUUGCUUAGUUCAAUGGGAGAUUGCGAGGCCAACAGAAACCGAAAUGUUUGCAAAAAAAGAAAGAAAGAAAUUCGGUGCCAGUAAAGGGGCCAUUAUUCUUAGUAGCGGCAGAACCCCUCCCUGCCCCCCAAUCCAGCUGUGGCUUUGCAAGGUGAGGAAGGCUGGGGCCCGCCUGCACUCCUACCCAAGACUGAGCAGCUGUCGCCCGCAGCCUGCCCUUCCCGUCCUCACCCCAAGAGCAAGCAGCCUCCCCACAGUGAUCCCGAGAGGAAAAUGAAUUUCCAUAAUUGCCAGUCCGCCUAAUGGAAGAGGUGUGAGGCCUUGAAAUUCAGGCACGUCUUCUCCAGUAAGUUUUUACAGCUCAUCAUUUGUAACAAAAAUGAUGCUGUGUCUCCUUUCACUUGGAAAGAGGAGCUCUGAUUAAGAAAAUUCUAGGUCUUUCUGGACAUGUCUCCCAUGCAUAUGGAUACACUGAGGAAAAGGAAUAAAGGCUGUUCCUGGCUGUACAGGCAGAGAGGAAGCUCUUUACCUUCCUACUCUCUAUGUGCAAAAUCCACUGACGCUCUGUGGGUAUUCUGGGUAGUGGAAGGAAAAAGUAGUUCCUACCCCUCCCCCCAUUUCCACCCUGUGACUUAGCAUUUGUCCCUCCGCCACGGGGGAGCCUUGGGUAAGUCACUAGCGGUCCAGAAUGCCCAUGGGGACGGAGGAACUUAGAGCCGGUGCUGGAGCUCCCUUGACUUAGCCUGCCUCACUCCAGCCACAUCCCGAUACCCACAGGAGGAAGGACCAGAAAUCUGCCUCCUGGUGACAUGCCUCCCCCAGGCCCUGUCAAGAGUCACAUACACAGCAUAUUGACAGCUUAUUUCUACCUUUUGUUUUUAUAAUUUGGGGCUUGUUUUAUCUAACAUUCUAAUUAGGAUUUGGGCGUGUCCAUCUGUUUUCUGUUAAUAAAAUUCCUGUAAUGUUAUUUGUUAGAAGUCAGGAACACGGAUGCUUGGAGGUGUUGAGAGAAUACGCUCAAAGUUACAUGCGUCACUUUGCAAAACCAGUGGAUCCCUUGGCUGGGUGGCAGAUCGGAGUUUUCUUGUAUAUUUGGCUCACCAGGUACAUAAAUUCAGGUUCAGAGACUCAUUGCGAUAUCUUUGAUUAAUUUUGUAAUUAAAAUAAUUUGGGAAAGAAAUAGGUUGCUGUUUAGUAAAACUGUUCUGGGUUGUGGGAAGAAAGAAAAGUGUCUUUCAGGGUUUGUUUUUCAAUAACAUGAGCAUGUGUGGCCAGGAGUUGGCCAACUACAGCUCACAAGCCAAAUGUGGCCUGCCACCUGUUUCUGUACAACCCGGAGCUGAGGAUGGUGUUUGUAUUUCCAAGUGACUGGGGCGGGGGGGGGGGGGGGGGGAUCAAAAGGAUAGUAUUUCACGACACAAAAUCAUGUGGAGAUUCAGAUUUUGGAUUCCAUCCAUAAAACUCUAUUGAAACACAGCCACGCCCAUUCAUUUCACAUUGGGUCCAUGGCCACUUUGUGAGCAGAGCUGAAUACUGGCGCCACAGCCAGUGUGGCCUGCAAAGCCUACGUCAUUUACUCCGACUCUUUACAGAACACGUUGGCCGUCCCCUCGUCUAGAGAUCCUGAGCCUGAGGGAGAUACUGAUCUUCCUGCGUUUACCAGGCAUUCUCUUAUUUUAUUGAACACGUGUGUAAGAAGCACUUUUCUGGGCAUCGCUCCAACGAGUUCUCACCAAGAAUUUGCCGGCAAUUAUCGCGUGACUCAGGUGAAAUUAUCCAGAUAACACAAGUCUGGUGGCCUAGAGAAAAGUCCUCAGUUUCCUUUCCCCAGCUAGGCAAGGAUUCUCAUUGCAACGGCCUAUCUUCAUCUGUUGUAUUUACCCCUUUGAGUGGCUUUCAAACACGAUUUUAGGCCACGUGUUGUGUCUUUUUUUCCCUUAUUCUCAUGGAAAGACUCCGUGAAAAGAGAUCAGAAGCACAAUGCAAAGAAAUCUAUUUUAUUGGUAACUUACUAACUUUCGAUUGUGGCAUGUGACUGCCUUCUCAGAAGGCUGGAGCCCGGGAUUUUAAUUAUUCAUGUGCAGCUAUGUGAGACAGCAUUUUACUUGAAUAAUAGUUAUGUGGUGAUUUGUGUGUGUGUGUGCCAUAUGUGUGUAUGUUUAAUUAAUAAAUGUUGCAUUAACAGAA